UCCUCCCCCUAUCUCGCCUCGCUGGAUUGCUUCUGCAACGGCCAGUACGUCACCACCGUGCAAGCCGACGGCCUCAUCAUCGCCACUCCCACAGGAUCCACCGCCUACAGCAUGUCCGCAGGCGGCUCGAUGAUGCAUCCGGGUAUUCAAGCCCUGCUUCUCACACCUAUAUGUCCCCAUUCGCUCUCCUUCCGCCCCCUUGUCUUCCCCGACUCCGCCGUCAUCUCCCUCUGCAUGCCGCUGGACGUGCGCUCCCACGCAUGGGUAUCCUUCGACGGUCGAUUUCGGCAUCGACUCAUGGAUGGAGAUAUCCUGGAGGUCGGUGUCGAACUCAGAGUACCCCCUACCCACCGUGACGCACCGCAACGUGACAGCCGACUGGUUUAG